AUGGCGGAGCCCCAACCCGAUGCGCCGAGACUCGAAGUUGGCAUCAUAUACGCCGUCCUGCAUACUCGCUCGGCCGACUGGCUGGACUCAAUGAAACACUGUCACUACUCCAUCGCUGUUGCCACUAGCGACACGACGGUCAUGCGGUGGCACGCCACCAAUGAGAACGCUGCCUGGGAUAACGAGGUGGGGGCAUUAGCGAACGUAUGGGAAAUAGUGUGCAAGCCCUACACCUGCACAGAAUCCAGGGCUCUCGUGCUUCUAGUCGUACUCGGUCGGAUGCACGCAGACUGGUCCGUAGAGGUUCUCGACGGUAUCUUCAGGCAAUCCCCACCUCUCUACGUGCCCGAGGAGGACCAGGAGCGCUUCCCGAAGUUCAACUGUCAGUCGUGGUUCGUCAACGCCGUGCGCCUUCUGGCGCAUCACAAGGGCAUAUGGUGUCCCAACCCUUACGACCUCUUGAAGAACUGUGCUGACAUGUGUCUUGAACACGAGCGUUCUGUCAUGGCGAUGGAGAGCCGCUACCAGAUCCAGCUGACUCCGUACAGUGACACCUACCGUGCUCCUUAG